GAUCAGAGUCAAAUUAGAUCAUUAAACAAAUGGCCACUAAUUGUUGAAACACAACAGUAAUUUGGUGAAAUCAUUCUUCAAAACACAAGCAACUCUAAAUAAUAAGUAAAAUACACUCUUACAAUGCAAGAAAAUUAUUUUUCAAUAAAUAAAAAAACAAAUCCUAACAAUAUAGAAAUAUGGAAUUUGGACAUGUAAGAAUCUUAUAUUGCAUGUUGAGAAUCAACAUGAUUCAACCAGUUAUUGGUUCCCACAGAAGAAAUCACUCGGUAAACAAUUAAUCCCUUGUCUGACAAACACCAGUCUCUUAAAAAAACACAUCCUUCUGAAGGCAUGUAACUAGCUUUUGCAUUCACCUCCUAAGCUUAUAUUCCAGUAUUAAUCAACUACUUUAAUGCCAGAAGUUGGAAGACCUAACUGGUUUGAAGGUUGUGUUGAAUCUACGCUAUGUGAUCAUGUGAUUAUUGAAUCUAGGUCGUUCCCCUCAAGUGGCGCGUUGCGCCCGUCUCCGGGUGUUUCAAAAAGUGAGUAAGGGGCGCCGCAUCGACGCCUGGGUGAGGUGGAAAAUGGGCAAAGGUUCUUGCAUUUUUCUGAACGAGCGCGGGUAAAGAAGCUAGUUCAAGACUAUUAGUCUAGGGUAGCUACUUGGAAUAUAGGAACGUUAAGACGAUAGAAUUGGUAGAUGUUAUGAUUAGGAGGAAAGUUAGCAUAGCAUGCGUACAAGAAACUAAGUGGACGAGUGAAAAAAUUAGGAAAAUUGAGGAUACCGGUUUUAAACUGUAUUAUAGUGGUAAGGAUAGACGCAGGAAUGGGGUAGGAAUCAUAGUUGUCAAGGGUCUUAUGGAAAAUGUAGUGGCGGUCAUUAGAGAAAGAAAAUGUUGGUCUGACCUAUUCUCUACAGAUAGCACCAAAGGCUCGACCCUAUACUAUCACAAUUUCCUGUUAAUUAGUUCUUGAUACAUAGAUACAUACACACCAAAAUGGGGACCACUAUUCUCAAUUGGUACUUUAUCGUAUUUUUCGACCAUGCUACUUUGCUUCCGACCCUAAUGGCCAACAUUGGCCAAUUCGAUGAGGUGUGGCAAAGGCGAACAGAGGAAGCAAAAGAGACCGCCCUUAAUUCCUAUGAAUCCGAUCCUUCAAUAGUCACUGAUAGCUUAAACAAAGAAGUUCACAGGACUUUAAAGAGCAUCAAAUUGACAAGCAAUGCCACUAUGUCAAGCGACAUCCAUUUGACAAGCAACAGCACUAGAAGGUACCUAAAGGGAAAACGAUAUGGUGGUCCAUGCUUGGCUACCAACCCAAUUGAUAGGUGUUGGAGAUGCCAACCAAAUUGGCAUCUUAACCGAAAGAGACUAGCAGAUUGCGUCUUUGGCUUUGGUUACAAGACAACCGGUGGCAAGGCUGGAAAAUUUUAUGUUGUGACAAAUAAUUCAGACGAUUCUAGUAGACCAAAACCCGGAAGCCUCCGCCAUGCUGUGCUCCAAAAGGAGCCAUUGUGGAUCAUAUUCGCACGCAACAUGAAUAUUAGGCUAACUAAGGAGUUGAUCAUGCAGGGUGAUAAGACUAUUGAUGGCCGUGGGGCUCAUGUAAACAUUAUUGGUGGGGCUGGUAUCACCAUCCAGUUUAUAAAGAAUGUGAUCAUUCAUAAUCUUCAUAUACGAAAUAUUGUUUCUGCCAAUGGUGGCAAUGUCACAGAUGCCGUUGACCAUAUUGGCUUUAGGACGAGGAGUGAUGGGGAUGGCAUUUCAAUCUAUGGAUCUUCCAAUGUUUGGAUUGAUCAUGUCUCUAUGUCUAACUGUGUGGAAGGCCUCAUUGAUGCCAUUGAGGGAUCCACUGCUAUCACCAUUUCAAAUAGCCAUUUCACAGUCAUAAUGAGGUAACAAAAUUGAUUUGUAUUAGUUGGAUGCGUUUUCAUCUUCUAAGCUAAGUGAUAUAAUGAACUAAUAAAAAUUCAAAUUAUCGCAAAUGAAUAAUGUAUAAGAUGACAAUGGAUUUAACGAUGAUAAGGAAAAUGCUUGGAAUGGCGCAGAUAAUAAUGUAUUAGAUGACUGG